ACAGAGUGAUUUUCGAGUAUUUAUUAUAUUUUAAUAUUUAUACUUUAUUAAUAAUGAGUGAGUUAAUAGAGCAGAAACAGCAGAUCAUGGAGGAAAGCGGAACUGAAGCUGAACACAAACCCAAACCCAAACCUAAACCUGCAAAAGAGCUCUUUCCUAAAGAAGAGCCUCACCAUGAUGAGGAUGAUGAUGGAGAUUAUAUGGAGAAUGAUGUUGAUGAUGACAGUAGUGCAGACAACAUCUCCACUGAUGUCCAGACGUGCACUCAUCUCCAGCGAGCAGAGCCGGUGGGGAAUGGAGGAUUACCUGCUGUCUUCCAAACCAAUCACCUGGUUUUCUAUGAGAGGUUCAAAGCCUAUCAGGAUUACAUGCUCGGUGACUGUAAGCCGUCAGAGGUGAAGGACUUCACUGCUGAUUAUUUGGAGAAGGUGGUGGAACCGUGUGAUUGGCAGGCACUGUGGCACACUGACGUGUUUGACGUGCUGGUGGAAGUGGUGGAUGUGGACUAUAAGGAGUUGAGGGCGAAGGUGGCGUUGGCGGUACCUCUGCAGUGUGAAACUAGAGGAUGUGAUCUGACGGAGGAAUCCAUGAGAACGUUACUAGAAGCCACACUGAAUAAGGUGCCGCUGCAGGAGCUCAUUGUGGUUUUUGAUGAAUCGGGAGAAUUCAACCACACGGCUCUGGCGCUGGAACAUCUCAGGUUUUUCUAUAAGCACGUAUGGAGACAGUGGGAUGAGGAAGAUGAGGAUGAUGAAUUUGAUUAUUUUGUCCGUUGCGUGGAGCCACGACUGCGGCUGUACUUUGAUAUUCUGGAAGACCGUGUACCGGCGGGGUUAGUGGAGGAGUACCACAUGCUGGUGCAGCGCUGCACCAACACUUUUAAGGAGUUCUCACGGCUGAGGAACAGCCUGAGCAGCGACUCUGAGUCUGAGAUGGAUAACGUGUCCCUGGUGGAGGGUCUCCGCAUGUACGAACAGAUGGAGAUGCUCAAACGGCGUCUGCGCAUCAUCGAGAACCCUCUGCUCAGGUACGUUCUGGGUUACAAGAUGAAUUGUGGACAGCAGCUCUACAGUUCUAAAGGAGAACGUGCUGGCGGAGGUAGAACCAUUCACGUGGUUUCCUCUUCCACCACCGUUCAUUCUCUCCAAAACCUGAUGAACGAUAAACUGAUUCCGCUGUACACAGGGAAGGAAUUCGAGCUUCAGUUUCACAGUGAGCCGACAGCAGCGGUCGCUUCCUGUUAUGAAGGGGACGUGGUGAUUGUGUGUCCGGGUCAUUACAUCAUCACUAAACCCAUCAGCAUCGCCGACUCCAUCCUGCUGGAAGGUUACGGUCUGCCCGAUGAGAUUGUUAUUGAGAAGAGAAGCAAAGGAGACACCUUUGUGGAGUCGAUCGGUACUGACGUCAAAAUCUCCAACUUGAAGUUUAUCCAACACGACGCCAUCGAGGGAAUUCUCUGUGUCAGACAGGGGAAGUUGGAGAUGGAGAACUGUGUACUACAGUGUGAAAACACAGGAGUGAUCGUUCGUACUUCGUCUGAGCUCAUCAUGAACAUGUGUGACCUGUACGGAUCAAAGGGAGCAGGAGUGGAGAUCUACCCCGGCAGUGUGUGCAGUUUGGUGAAUAACGGGAUCCAUCACUGUAAGGAGGGUGUACUCAUUAAGGAUUUUGCAGAUGAGCUGGACGUCCUCCCGAAGAUUACCAUGGUGAAUAAUGUGAUCCACAAUAAUGCUGGAUAUGGAGUCAUCAUGGUGAAACCAGAUUAUCACACAGCUGCUACAGAAACAGAAGUGGAUGAUGACCAGACAGAAGGCGGAGCCACAAAGUUAAAAGAUGAGACUGAUUUGAAAUCUGAUGUGGAGCCGGCCUGUGAGGUUAUUGCUGAGGUUCAUCCCAGCAGCCUUCACCCAGAAUUCACUGCAGGAAAUGAGGUCAUUAAACAGGAGCUGCUGGCGAUGCUAGGGACGAAGCGUCACGCUCAGAGAAGUUGCACCAAAGACGUGGGUUCCAUGCAGAACGACGAGAACCUGCUGAGCCAGGAGAUGUUUAUCUCUAUUGAGGGAAAUCAGUUCCGCAGAAAUGGCAUGGGCAGCUUCGGUACCUUCCUGUACUGAGCGUGGUGAACCACGCCCACAGAGACGAACUCCACCCAUGCACGUGCACUGUAUUUAUUUCAUUCUUGAGAUAUCCUGAGGGUUCAUAACGAGUGUUUUGAUUUCACAUUCAUUACCCUUCAUUAGCUCCUAAUUGUUGUGAUGUCACACAUUUUAUUGUCAUGGUAACAGGUAAAGUGACUUUUUUUUCUCUAGUUGUUCUUUUCCAGUUCUUUCCUUUAUCUAUUCCAGUUUUCCUCCACCUCCCAACCUGGGUUCAGGCCAUGGUCAAGUAGUGGUUCUACGUUCAGGCUGUCUGAAUAGGGUUCAGACAAUUUACGCUGUUCAGGGCAUCUUAAGGGGGCUUUAUGUUUGGACUGUUGUUAUGUUAUGGUCAUGGUGGUCAUGCACAGUUAUGUUCAUGGUGGUUUGGACAGAGUUCAGGCUGUGUUUAGAGGGGGGUUCAGGUGGAGUUCAGGUCGAGUUGUGUUUAGAGGGGGUUCAGGUGGAGUUCAGGCUGUGUUUAGAGGGGGUUCAGGUGGAGUUUGGGCUGUGUUUAGAGGGGGUUCAGGUGGAGUUUGGGCUGUGUUUAGAUGGGGUUCAGGUGGAGUUUGGGCUGUGUUUAGAGGGGGUUCAGGUGGAGUUCGGGCUGUGUUUAGAGGGGGUUCAGGUGGAGUUUGGGCUGUGUUUAGAGGGGGUUCAGGUGGAGUUUGGGCUGUGUUUAGAUGGGGUUCAGGUGGAGUUUGGGCUGUGUUUAGAGGGGGUUCAGGUGGAGUUUGGGCUGUGUUUAGAUGGGGUUCAGGUGGAGUUUGGGCUGUGUUUAGAUGGGGUUCAGGUGGAGUUUGGGCUGUGUUUAGAUGGGGUUCAGGUGGAGUUUGGGCUGUGUUUAGAGGGGGUUCAGGUGGAGUUUGGGCUGUGUUUAGAGGGGGUUCAGGUGGAGUUUGGGCUGUGUUUAGAUGGGGUUCAGGUGGAGUUUGGGCUGUGUUUAGAGGGGGUUCAGGUGGAGUUUGGGCUGUGUUUAGAUGGGGUUCGGGUGGAGUUUGGGCUGUGUUUAGAUGGGGUUCAGGCCAUGCUUAGGGAAUGUUUAAGGGGGUUCAGGUUUGAUUAGGGUUCUGAUGGAACAUUAAUCCAACAUCAUGAUGAACACUUGAAUGAUUUGAAUGUCAACAUGUGUUGAACCAGUUGUUUUAAUAUUGGAAGCCUCAGAGCUCCGCAUUCGUGUGAAGUGCAUCGGUCAGUGCAUUUGAGGAAAAAAACACUAAAACUGAAGAUUCUUGAGCUACCAUACAGCAAAAUGUAUUUUAAAUAAAAGUGUAAGAGACGUUUUCAGUUUAAAUAUAAUUUAGAUUAAAUUGUGAAAUCACUUUGAAUAAAUUAUUUAUUUUCAUGUUA